AUGGAUUUAUCAAAGAUACUAGACGUUACUCCGGAACCAGCGAUAAAGCUCCAAGAGUCACUAAUUGGAGUGACAGAUUCAACAAAUUACAAUAAUGAAGAAGAUGACUAUUGCUUACCCACACCCAUGGCAGAUUUCCAAAAGGAAUUGACAGAUGAUAUUGUUUCUUUGCACUACUCGGACAUUCUCAAAUAUUUUGAAACCAAUAACAGGGAUGACUUAUUGUUGAUCGAUUCUUUGCAAAAGCUAUAUCUAAAUAUUCAACUCAUUUCAUCGCAUCCGUAUCUUUUAAUCGACCAUUUCAUGCCAAAAUCAUUGGCCGCUAAAGAUAUUCCAAUGAAAUUGAUCCAGACUAGUGGGAAAUUCAAAAUGUUGAAGAAUGUGCUAGAUAUUUAUUCUGGAGUGCUAGAUUUCAGAAAGUUGUUGAAAAGUGAAUUACAUAACCAUGCAAAGUUUGGAAAGCAGGGGAAACUGUCAUCCAAAGCCUCGAACUCAACUGAAACUUCCAAUAAAAAGAUAAAUCAGAUUAUCGUAAGUAACGUCAAGAAAAGGUUUAUCAAUGAAAUAACCGUGCCUUCAAACAAAAAUAUUUUGCUCAUUUCCAGGGAAGGAAGGACUCUUGAUUUGAUCGAAUCUCUAAUGCUUGGAUUAAAGAUGCCAUACGUUAAGUAUUCAGGGUCUAACAUAAAAAAUAACAAUAAAGAUAAAGUAACCACAGCACAGGAUAUUGAUAUUAAGAAGAAACUUGGUUCCUAUCUGAUAAAUUUGAACUCACACUUAAAAAAUUAUCUAAACAACAAUAAUUUCAAUUUAUUUCCUUUAUACAAUGUGACGGUUCAUUUGUUAUCAUCCAAAGAUUUGGAAGAAAAAAAUGAAAAUGCUAUGAAAUUUUUGAAUCUUUAUGAGGGAACUCGUGUUUUCAAGAUUGAUUUGAUAAUUCCGUUUGAUCUAUCGGUGAACACCAAACUUCCAAUAAUUGCGGAAAUCAGAAAUAAGAAUUAUGGCCGCAAAGUGAGGAGAGCGCCAAUUUUGAGGUUGGUUCCGAUUUUCACUGUUGAACACAUUGCUCUAAAUUUUGAUUAUAACAAUGAUGAUGGAAUUAAUGAGAACUUUAGAAACACUAUCAGUGCAGUGGUUGUUGAAAGAGGAAAAGUUGGGCUAAUUGAUGCUAAUUUUAAAACAAUAUACCAGAAUAAUUUGGAUUACUUGAGGGAUUGGUUGUUAUAUUCAACAGAAGACAAGAAGCAGGUAGGCAAUACCCAUAUCAAUUGGCCCUUGCCCGCAAUAGCAAAAAUCCCUAUCUAUAAACCUCAAGACGUCGAGAAAUCAUUAUUGACUGAAGUUAAGUACGUACCUGAAGAUGACUAUUCUGACUUUGAUGAUGACAUGGAGUCCAAAAAAAAGAGCGUUAAAGAUGAUAAAUUGGAGUUUGAUGAUUUUGAGAAAUUUGAAAGAUUAUACCUGAAAACACCUAAUGAUUACUUUUAUGAUACGAAGCGAUUAAAGAGUCUGUAUAUGUUAAACCCUAUUCAAAUAAAGAAUCGCUCAAACAUCAUUGGAAUAGAGGCGGAAUCAAUACAUUUUACAGAGAAUGAUUCAAAGACAGGAGAAUCGAGCUACUUUGAUUACCUUACCAGAGAAUUAAUCUUGACUCAUUUUGAAAUCUAUGAACUUAAUUUGAAAUAUUUGAGCUACAACAAAAUUGACGCUGAUUUGAAGAUUUCUGAAUCGUUGAACAAAGUACAUAGAGAGGAUUUUGAAGUCAGUUUGGAUGAAUUAGAGAAAUUUUUAGCACACGAUAAGAACAUGCAUGAUAAACUUGAGGAACUCGUUAGUAAAAAAAAAUUGCUUCAAAAGAUUUUAGCGGAAAAACGAGUAGAGAAACUUGAGAAAUAUUUCGAAUAUCAUCUUAUCACCAAAGAUAAUGAUCAGGUAGAUGGAGACAAGAAUGCUAAGGUAGAUGGCAAUAAGAAUGUUGAUGGCAAUGAUCUAAAAUUUAAAUUACAAAGUGAAAGAGAAACUGUCAUAAAGAAUAUGUCCUCUGAAGAAUUAGAGAAAUAUAAGAAGUGGGAGGAAAACCAGUUGAAGCUCCUUGAAUUGUUUGAGAGGAAGAAUUCCCUCAAAAAGUCUUUGUCUUUAAGACAAAAUGAGUUGGAUUAUUUGAACAUCGAAUUGGAAAAGCUCGGGAAAGUGUAUGAAGAAAAUGUUGCAUCGAUAAGUGGGAAGACUGAUUUACUCAACAAAAAAUUAAACCAAGAACUUGAAAAGUUCGUUGGAGAAUAUAACAAUAUUGGAGAAAAUAGUGACGAUAAUAAAUCUGCGAAGCGAAGAAAGAUGAAUAAGGUGAUUAGUGAGGUUGAUGGGUUGAUGUUGAGCCUUAAACAUGAAAUUACAGUCAAUGAGGAUUCAGGACAGAACAAGAACAGAAACAGAUACAGAAGAAAGUGA